AUGGUGUUGUCAUCCCUUCCUUUGGUGUUUGCUGGCUUUGCAACAUGUCAUGCUGCUUUGAUCACGGUUCCUUCUGCUUCCCAGCUUCGAUACCAAUCGACGGAUUUUGUGGCUUUGAUUCAUUUCAACAUAGAAACCUUUGCUCAUAAUACCGGCUGUGACAGCAGCAAUUGGAAUACACUUGCUCCCUAUGCAACUGGCAAGACACGCGAUCCUGCCACUUUUUACCCGAAGAAGUUGAACACCACGCAGUGGAUGGAGAGCAUCACAGGUCUCGGUGCAAACAUCGCUGUGCUCACAGCCAAGCAUGGCUGUGGCUUUACCUUGUGGCCCAGCAAGGCCAAAUUUUUGGAUGGCAGGCCGUACAAUUAUUCGGUUGGAAUUCCAGGCGCAAGUAUUCAGUAUGACGUGCUGAGAAAGUUUGUUGAUUCAGCUCAAGAUGCUGGGGUUGGCCAUGGCUUCUACUACUCCAUCAUGAAGAAUUUCUACCUUUGCCAUGACUUCAAUGGAAAGCACUCCUGUCUCAGCAGUGUCUUACCCGGCCAACAGAAUAUCUCCGAAGAGGAAUAUUUGCAUAUGGCAAAGCAGCAAGUGACCGAACUAUGGACUCAAUAUGGAAACAUCACGCGCAUCUGGGUGGACAGUGGCCUUGGGGGUUUGGGCCCACUGAUGGACCAGUUGCAACCUCAGGCUGCGGGCACACCUUUGAAUCCCAUUGAUUGGUGCGGCACAGAAUCUGGUUACCCAUCUCGCGAUGUUGGUUCUGGCGAUAUUUGGAGCACAGGACACGGAUACUUUAGGCAAGCUAAUGGCACCCAAUGGGUGCCCAAGUACUGUGAUCCACAGCUGUUCCGGGAGCACGUGUGGUUUUGGGAGCCAUCGCUGCAUGUGCGUAGUCUGGCAGAGAUGAUUCCCAUUUAUCAUGACAUCGUUGGUCGUGGCAUGGUCAUGGAACUUGCCUUCUCGAUCGACCGUGAUGGUUUGGUGGAAGAGAGUCAUGCCAAAGUCUACAGGCAGCUGGGCCAGUGGGUGCAGCAAUGCUACGCUUCUCCUUUGGCAGUUGCAUCUGGAAAGGGCUAUGUCUUCAAUCUUUUUGCAUUGCGCGAAGGUCAGAUGGUGGAUCGCUUUCAAAUCCAGGAAGGUAUUGUGAUGGGACAGCGUGUGAGAAACUACACCAUUGAACGCAGCUCAUCCAAUGGAUGGGUUCCUUUGGUCAGUGCAAGUGCCAUUGGCAGAAAGCGGAUUCAUUUGCUUCCCAAAAGUCUCAUGGUAUCUGCCAGUAUGAUGAUCCGGCUCCGAAUCGAGAAUGCAAUUGCCGAGCCUUCAAUCAAACAGUUCAGUGCCUUUGCACCGUGUCCGGACGAGAUGAUACCCCUGUCUAUCUAG